UCUUGCCCCCGCAGACACUGCCCCAGCUGGAGCAGUGGACACCAUGUCGCUGCUGGCCGCCCUCCUGCUGCUCGGGGGUCUGUCACUGCACCCCACCACCGAGGCGGCCGUCGUAUUCGACCCCCGGCCGCACCUGUGGGCAGAAGCUGACUGGCAGCUGGAGCCCUGGACCAACUUGACGCUGACCUGCCAGGCCCGCCUGUGGACCCAGGACUUCCAGCUCUUCAAGGAUGGGGUGGCCCAGGAACCUGUGCACCUUGGCUCACCCGCCAACGAGCACCGGUUCUCACUAGGAGCCCUGACCAGUGACACCCAGGGCCUCUACCGCUGCCGCUCUGGCAUGGACAGUGGAUGGACGGUGCUGGGCAACCUGGUGGAGGUGACCGGAGUAGAGUCCCUACCCCCACCCUUGCUCUCAACUGAGCCUGUGUCCUGGAUCACACCGGGCCUGAACACAACGCUGCGGUGCCAAGGGGGCCUUCGGGGUGUGACCUUCCUGCUGAGGCGGGAAGGUGAUGACAAGUUUCUGGAGGUGGCUGAGGCCCCUAAGGACGUGGAGGUCACCUUCCCAGUCCACGGGGCUGGCAACUACAGCUGCAGCUACCGGACCCACGCAGCGGGACACCCCUCCCAGCCCAGUGCCACUGUGACUAUUGAGGAGCUGGCCGCGCCCCCGCCGCCCACGCUGCAUCUCGAGCACGCGUCCGCCGGGGUCCUGCGCCCCGGCGCGAGCCCCACCCUCGAAUGCGUGGCGCCCCUGGCCGGCGUGGACUUCCAGCUGCGGCGGGGCGACCAGGAACUGCCAGUGCUCAGGAGUAGCACCAACCCCGACCGCCUGUCCUUUCACCUGAACGCCCUGGCCCCGGGGGACGGCGGCCUCUACACCUGCCGCUACCGGCUGAGCAACGCGCGGAGCGCCUGGUCCUCGGACAGCGCGCCCGUCGAGCUGCUGCUAAGCAACGAGACGCUGCCGGCGCCCGAGCUCCUGGCGGAUCCGGCAACCCCGAGCCCCGCGGCCGGCGCGCGAGUGGAGCUGCUGUGCCGGGCUCCCCGGGCCGGCCUGCGCUUCGCCCUGGUGCGCGAGGACGCGGGCGGGCGCCGGGCGCUCGAGGUUCUGAGCCCCGAGGGGACCGAGGCCAAGUUCGAGCUGCGCGACGUCUCGGUGGCGGACUCGGCCAACUACAGCUGCGUCUACACGGACCCCGCGCCGCCCUUCGCGGGCUCGGCGCCCAGCGCGCCCCUGGAGCUGCGCGUGCGCGGACCCCCUCCCAGGCCGCAGCUCCGGGCCCUGUGGAGCGGGGCAGUGACCCCGGGCCGCGAUGCCACGCUGCGCUGCGCGGGCCAGGUGCCCAGAGUCACCUUCGAACUGCUGCGGGCAGGCGACACGGUGGCGUCCACGGCCUGGGCCGACGGCCGCUCGGCGGACCUGGUGCUGACCUACGUGGGGCCCCAACACGCCGGCAACUACAGCUGCCGCUACCGAGCCUGGUGGCCCAACUCCUUCGUGUCCGAGCUCAGCGACCUGGUGGAGCUCCGGGUGGCAGGAAGUUGACCCAGCUGCAGACCCAGGCUGCCGAUGGUAUCCUUGAGAAGUACUUUCUCCAGUCUGGUUUGGAUCCUUCUUGCCGCAGCUGGAGGCCAGAUUCCCCCUUGGGCCUGGAGGGCUCUCUCUCAUUCCUCCCAGGAAUUAAUAAAUGUGAAGAGAGCAUUUAAAAGGUG